AUGGCGCCCUGUCACUUACCUACGGUCUUGCUACCCAGCAUGGAACCUUUGCGAGCUUUGAGACACAAAAAACCGAUUAUCAUGGAGUCGCGAAACGCUCUCAUGAAGACUGCAACUUCGAUGAAGGAGAAAUCUGACGAUGAAUAUUAUGAUGUCGAAGAAACAACAAAGGAAAGACUGCCAUCGAAAAUAACCAGCGAGAAAUCUGAAAAGGUUGAUGAGAAGAAAGAUACGCUCUCGAAGACCCCGAAUGCUCUCUUGAAAGUUAAGUCGCAGCAACAGCUGAUAUCGCCAAUCGUAGAAUCUGCACGAAAGGGCGAGCUGAAGAGAGGAUACAGUUACGCGAGCAUCAAGGAUUUAUCGAAAGAUUCUACGAGACGUACGUUCGAGAUUCCUCGAGGCAAGGAGGAAGAUGGGCAAGGAAAGGUAAUCCCCGUGGAGGAGAUAGAUUCCGCGAAAAGGUCGACUUCCUCCGACUCAGUGAAAGCAGAGAGGCGCGUGGAAUUACCGCUUUUGACGAUCGCUGAAGUCUCGCGAUUUUUAGAGAAAAUUAAUCGCGACGACAUGUCGACCACGACCAUGUUGAAGAGCUUGGCGAACGAAUUUUCUUUGCGAAUGAUAAAACAACACAGCACUAGCAUGACGACGACAAAAAAGCGCGCUAAACUAGUCGCGAGAUUAACAAAGUUACUAGUGGAUUCGCAAUGUUAUUUGAAUCCUGAUAAAUUCCCGUCUGACCUUGUUUUCUCCACAAAACAGUCUCCCGCUUGCAAUACUCGUCUGCUGAGACAUGCUCUGCCGCUUGAUUCCUACAAUUUUGUCGCCCCAUUAUUGGGUAUGCCGAAUUGGUAUCCAAAAAAAGUCAUAAAGGAAGAGGUACUUUAUGAAAAGAAAGAGGAAGAAAAAGAAGAAGAAGAAGAAGAAGAAGAAGAAGAAGAAGAAGAGAUAGAAGGCACGAUUCCCUUCGAUUUGAUUGUGCAUCCCCCGACGACCAAAGACGGAGAUGAGUUAAAAAUAGAUCAAGUUAGACCUUAUGUUCUCUUUUUAAAGAAACCGCGACGCAAGGUUGUCACUUGGCGUCCUUUAACGGCGGCAGAUCUUAAAGACUACGAUCCUGAGGCUACUCUUGAGAUGAGAGCUAGAAAUAUUACGAACAGGAUAUGCCGUGACUUCUGUGAAUGGCUACGUAGUUUAGGCGACACCAACAAAAUCGACGAGGAAAUCCUAGGAGAUAUGUUCGAAAUUGACUUUACGGCCGACGUUAGCAGAACGAUGGAGAUGUCAAUAAGGGAAAUGCCGAUGGUACCUAAUGAUGUUGCCGCAGCGAGACAGUGUUUUGAUGCAAGUGAGCUUGCCAUGACCAAGAAGCAUCUGAUUAGAGAUGCCAAAGCUGAGAGUAAGCCGACCAAAACAAUGGCCUUUGGCACCGCGAUUCCCUGGAAGUUUCGGUUCGUACCACCUAAAAAUCGAGUGAGAGAGAGAUGGCUACGAUGCGAGAACGUGAUGAUCGAUCUAGAAACGAUGGACGUGGUCUGGAAAGACACAACGCAUCUGGAGAGUGUCAGGUCUUUCGCAAAAUGGCUCAGUGCACGUUCGGAAAUUUUGCUGCCGGGUGCAUUAAAAACCACAUUGACCACCAAAAAAGAACACGCCAAAAUUGACAAGACGCAUUUGCAAAUGAAUGUCAAACAGAUUAGCGGUUUUAAAGUCCGCGACACGCUUCAGAAUCCUGACUCGUUCUGA